CAGAUGGCAGCUCCGCAUCCUCCCCCGCAGCCACGGCGAAGAGACGAGCGGACGGCGGAGCGACACGCACGCAGCGGACUAUCCUCAAGGCGUCAAAACCCCGCAGGAAAACCCGGGAGCGAAGAAGAUGAGAGCGCGGCUGACGAACUUUGGGAAGAAGUAGUUUGAUACGCGAGUAUUUAUUCCGACCGGAGAAGCCUAUCCAAAGUUGCGCGGACAUAAAAAGGAGAAGUGUCGUCAGCCAUGCAGCACUACGGGGUGAACGGCUACUCUCUGCACGCCAUGAAUUCCUUGAGUGCCAUGUACAACCUUCACCAACAGGCGGCGCAGCAAGCGCAGCAUGCACCUGACUACAGGCCCUCAGUGCAUGCGUUAACCCUUGCAGAGAGACUGGCAGGUAAGAAUCAGUUGCACAUUUUCUCCUUUUAUAUUUCUCACUUUAUAGCCUUCGCUUGUGCAAGCAACAUAUUUACCUACAUCAGGAGCUCACCUUCCUCCUUGACUUAUCAGUCCCUUGAAUUAAACUGGUCAUGUUUCUUCUUUCUCAACGGUUGUACAUUUCAAGACAUUAUCCUUGAGGCCCGCUAUGGCUCCCAGCACAGAAAGCAGAGGCGCAGCCGCACAGCCUUUACCGCGCAACAGCUGGAGGCUCUGGAAAAAACCUUCCAGAAGACCCACUACCCUGAUGUGGUGAUGCGGGAGCGCCUGGCCAUGUGCACCAACCUGCCUGAGGCCCGUGUGCAGGUCUGGUUCAAGAACCGCAGAGCCAAAUUUCGCAAGAAGCAACGCAGUCUCCAAAAGGAGCAGCUGCAGAAGCAGAAGGAAGCAUCAGGAGCUGCUGAAGACUCACCAGAAGACUCUAAAACAGACCUCACAAAUACUCCUAACACCACCACCACCACCACCAUUGCUCCUGAGGUCCGCAGUCCUCCUCCUCCUCCUUCGUCCUCUUCAUCCUGUCACUCAGAGUCAGAGCGGCUGGCCGCAGCACGGCCUCAGCCGGGAGAGAUGAGUGUGGAAGUCAACGUCACAUCCCCAGAGCCAUCAGACAGCGAGUCAGCAACUGAAGAUAAUGCUGAGCGGGAGGAGGAGGAAAUUAGUGGGGAGUCUCGGGUGAAACUCAGGGAGGAGGUGCAAGGAGACGGGUCUGUCCAGGCAGGAAGGAGCUCUCCGUUCUGCAAGAGACUCAGUCCCACAUCAGACUCUCCAUUGAGCUCCCCGGCCCUGCCAACCUCCAACAGUGUAACCAGCGGGCUGGUUCAGAGUAACUCCUACGCCUCGUCUCCCCUCAGCCUCUUUCGACUGCAGGAGCAGUUUCGGCAGCACAUGGCAGCCACAAACAAUCUGGUGCACUACCCAUCCUUUGACAUGAGCGCACCGUCCUCUCUGCCCUAUCUGGGCAUGAAUGUCAACAUGCCUUCCCCACUGGGCUCACUGCCCUGCCAGUCCUACUACCAGACCCUAUCACAAGCCCAACAGGUGUGGAACAGUCCGUUGCUGCAGGCGGCUCCAGGCAACCUCCCGGGAAGUCUCAACAGCAAGACUACAAGCAUCGAGAACCUCCGGCUAAGGGCCAAGCAGCAUGCAGCGUCGCUGGGAUUGGACACGCUUCCCAACUGAAGAACCUGGCUGCAUUUCAGGUCAACAAUCCAACUUUCUUUUGACCUCUCAAAGUAAUUUCGUACAUCCAAGAAGAUUUUCUGCAGAAGCCCAAGAACGCAUCAGUGUUACCUCCAAUAUGAUCACAAGAUGUUUUGCUGAUCAAAUGUCUAAUGUCCAGACUAAUUUUCAAGUAAAAGUCACAUGAACUGCUGAUGUUUAAUUUACAUUGUGAAAACCAGAGUUCAGUGGUUAACAGGAGAAAAGAAAGCGUUCACAAAAUAAACAAGCUGAGCUAAAGUAAACACUUUGGAGGACCUACCUCAAUAUGGAUUGUCAACACACAAUUUCCUAUUGCCUCAUUAUCAACUUCAUAGUCAUUCACCGUACAGACAAGAGGAGUACAUCGUCGGAUGGAGUUAAGAGAUAGCAACCAUAACCAUCCUGUCUUGACGGUAGAUGAGACUGAAGAGGACAAAUAAUCCUCCCAGUGUUAAUCUGAGAUUCUAAAAUAUCUUGCAACUCUACAAGAUCCCUUAAACGCAACAUGUGCAUGCAUGAGAUCCUCUACAUAGCUUGGCUUGUAUAGCCAUCCAACACAGCUAUUAUGGGAACAGCAAAAGACCUGACACCACAAAAUAAAGGUUGAGCCAUUUUCUGAGACCUUCUUGUGUGAAGGCGUUCUUCUCAACUUGGACUAAAUGGAGUGUUGUAAAUAACCCCCAAAGUUUGCCUCCAUCUGACUGGUUUCAAAGCAACCCCAAAUCAACUUUUGCGCAAAGGGUUUUGGAGAAAAAUAAUAAUAAUUUCUUUCCAAAUAAUAACCUCAAGCAACCGCAUAAAUAAAAUACAGGGGAAAAGUUGCCAACCUUUUUGUGCUUGCUUGCUGGUGGCUUCAGCAGAAAGAAGCAAAUGGUACAUCUCUGUAUUAUAUAUCACUGUAGAUGAAAGACAUGUACUUGUCAGUUGGUUAAAAUAUGAGUAAUUUAUCUGUUCAAUACAAGAGAAUAAAUUGUAAAUGAAGUGUU